AUUGUAAUUCAGCUUUACUCUUUCACCAGCGUGCACUUGACAUUCGGUUAAAUCUUCCUGAAGAAAACCCCUUAAAAGUGGCUGCUAGCUAUCAUGAAUUAGGGGUAACACAAUGGGAAAUGAAAGACUAUUCCUCAGCGUUGCAGUCUCAUGAGAAGGCACUUCAAAUCAGAUUAGAGAAUUUGGGUGAUAAGCACAGAGACACUGCGAAGAGUUUUCAUGAGUUAGGAGUUACACAGUGGUUUUUGGAGAAAUACGAGUGUGCACUUGACUCACACGAGAAAUCACUAUCAAUCGUACAAGAUGAGAUAGGAGAAAAUUCAAGUGCAACGGCAGACAGCCUCCAUGAAAUAGGAAAGACAUACUUCUGUCUGGGAGACUACCAUGCGGCUCUACAAUCUCAUCUGGAUGCAUUUAGUACCAGAUUAGAUGUUCUAGGUGAGCAUCACACUGACACUGCCAACAGUUGCUAUGAAAUUGGUGUAACGCAGUUUGAAAUGGGAUGGUAUCACUCCGCUCUUGAGUAUCACAUGCGAGCACUGAAAAUAAGACACGUACUGUAUACAGACACGCCGCAUGCAGAGAUCGCUCAAAGCUACUACCAAUUAGGACGCACGCAAUAUCAGAUGGGAAACUUUGACCAAGCUGUUAAGUCUCUCAACUGUGCACUCUCCGUUAGAAGAGAUCUACAGCAAGAACAACACAUUGAGACAGGUUACAUCUUUUAUGAGCUGGGAAGAGUCUUUCAUCGCAAAAAUGACCACACGUCAGCUUUUGUAAUGCACCAGUUUGCUCUUGGUAUCCGAAAGUUUAAAGUGGAUAAAGAAGACGUAACAAUUGGCGACAGUCUGUUUCAGCUCAGUUUGGUACAGAGCAAACGUUGGAGAUUUAACUUGUCUUGUCAGUUGCUUAAACGAGCUCAAGACAUCUGGUUGAAAUGCUUUAACACCAAGCAUAAAUGCACUGACAGUUACGUUGAGACAGGCAGCUUUCUGAUAAAAGAUGGGCAAUCAGUGUCUGUUUUUAGUUCACUUGAGCAUGCCAUUCAAAUAAGGACGGAGAUGACUGCAAGAGAAGAAAAAGAGGAAGCGGACCUUCCCUACGAGAGGCAAUUAAAGGAUUUACUAUCGCAAGAUUACAAAUCAUCUCUUCAGCUGUACAAUCGUGUAUCAACGAUUAUUCUUGAUUAUCCUUUAUAUGUGCGAAAACACAAAAAUUCAUUAAGGAAACUUCUUUGCAGAUUAAAAGAACAACUUCUAAAGGAAGCAAGUCGUUACUAUGACAAUGGAAACAAAGCAAUCGAUGCAGGUGACCUGGUUAUCGCACUACAUUUGCAUGAGCGAGCUCUUGAUUUAAGAACGACGCUGCUCAGUGAAAGGCAUGAAGAUACAGCCACCAGCUACGUUUCAGUGGGAAAAGUACAAUAUGAAAUGAUGGACUACACUAAAGCUCUUCAGUCACAUCAGCGAGCACUUGAAAUAAGACGUGAAUGA